UCAUCAAAAACCUUUCCUUUUAGUAUCAAUUUCUAUAUAGCUAAAGAAAGUGAUACUAUUAAGCAUAAUUAAUAUAAUGGGGUACAUGUGCAUUAAGAUUUCGUUUUGUGUGAUGUGUGUGUUGGGGUUGGUGAUCGUGGGUGAUGUUGCCUACGCUCAAGAUUCAGCAGAAGACUACGUGAAUGCACACAAUGCAGCACGAGCAGAGGUGGGUUCUCAAUCACCAAGACAAACAGUGAUUGUUCCAAGUUUGGCUUGGGAUGAUACGGUUGCUGCUUAUGCAGAGAGCUAUGCUAAUCAACGCAAAGGUGACUGCCAACUGAUCCACUCUGGUGGUGAAUACGGAGAGAAUAUUGCAAUGAGCACUGGUGAACUAAGUGGCACAGAUGCAGUGAAAAUGUGGGUUGAUGAGAAAUCCAACUAUGACUAUGAUUCUAACUCUUGUGUUGGAGGAGAGUGCCUGCACUACACACAGGUCGUUUGGGCUAACUCGGUGCGUCUUGGAUGUGCCAAAGUGACAUGUGAUAACGGAGGCACUUUCAUCACUUGCAACUAUGAUCCCCCUGGCAACUUUGUUGGUGAAAGACCCUACAAACUGUAGCUGCUAUCUACCACUUUACAUAUUAUGAAUAACCAUGCAACAAUAAUAACACCACCAAUUUAGGUGAUCCUACACUUCAAAUUCAUGCAUGUAAUAGUAUAUAUAUGUACUUCUUGAUGUAUUGGAUUAAUACUUAAUAAAAAUAAAGCAUGUUAAUGUGUGUUUUUAUGGA